UUAUGGUCCGGCGGUCUCUGUUAGUCCUCGCUGUCCGUGUAAACAUGGCGGAUUACGACCUCACGUCCAAACUGGGACCCUUCCUGGACCGCCACUUGGUCUUCCCCUUGAUGGAAUUCUUAUCCGUCAAAGGAAUCUAUGAUGAGACUGACCUGCAGCGUGCCAAGCUGGAGCUUCUGUCAAGCACCAACAUGGUAGACUUUGCCAUGGACAUCCACAAGUCCCUCUACCCAGACCCAGGUGUGCCUGCUGAACUGCCCGAGCGGAGGUCACGGGUUGUUUCUGAACUUAAGCGCCUGCAGACAGAGACAGAGCCUAUCUUCAAGAUCUUCAGUGACAAUGAGGUUCAGAAGCAGCUGCAGAAUUCUCGGGACCACCGCACCCUGAUGCAGUUCCUCAUAGACAACCACGAUUUCCGGCCAGAAAUGCUGGACACCCUUUACUCCUUCGCCAAGUUCCAGUAUGAGUGUGGCAACUAUUCUGGUGCUGCGGAUUACCUGUACCUCCACCGUGGCUUGGUGCCAAUCAGCGACAAGAACUUCCUGAAUGGCUUGUGGGGAAAGCUUGCUUCAGAGAUCCUGACUCAAAAUUGGGAGAAUGCCCUUGAAGAUCUGAAUCGCCUCAAAGAGUUCAUUGAGAGCAACAUGACCACCUCGCCCCUCCAGGCACUUCAGCAACGCACUUGGCUCAUCCACUGGUCACUCUUUGUAUUCUUCAAUCAUCCCAAAGGCCGGGAACUGAUCAUCGAAAUGUUCUUGUAUCAGCAGCCAUAUCUCAAUGCAAUACAGACCAUGUGUCCCCAUGUACUGCGAUACUUGGCAACUGCUGUGGUCAUCAACAAGAACAGCAGGAGGGCAGCCAUGAAGGACUUGGUGAAAGUGAUCCAGCAGGAGAGCUACACCUACAAGGACCCCAUCACAGAGUUCCUGGCUCACCUUUAUGUUGACUUUGACUUUGAUGCAGCCCAAGAGAAACUACAGCAGUGUGCUGCUGUAUUGGAAAAUGACUUCUUUUUAGUGGCUUGUCAGAAUGACUUCAUUGAAAAUGCUCGACUCAUGAUCUUUGAGCUUUUCUGCAGAAUCCACCAGUGCAUCAGUAUAAACAUGCUGGCUGAUAAGCUCAACAUGAGCCCAAAGGAAGCUGAACGCUGGAUAGUCAACCUGAUUAGACAAGCCAAACUUGAUGCAAAGAUAGACUCCCAGCAGGGCCAUGUGGUGAUGGGAACUCAGGCUGUCUCUCCAUACCAGCAACUUAUUGAGAAAACUAAGACUCUCAGCUUCCGCACACAGAUGCUUGCCAUCAAUGUUGAGAAGAAGGCAACAGCGAGAUACAGUGAGGGUCCAAGCUGGGCUGUUGCAAGUUAAUAUUUACAUUUAUACGGCCAGACUCCUUCAGCUACCAUAUCCAAGACCUACAGUUUAUAUAAUGACAAGGUAUGAAAUAAAGAGCUGGAAAGUAAA